AUGAACAUUUCUGAAAAUGAACGAAAGCUACUAAACAAUACCGAUGUAUACAAUGCGUGUAAUGGAGAAUACUAUAAAGGACGUGCAGUUAAUCGAGAGUUUCUCAAGACGUCAACUACGCAUAAGCUUAUAACCGGUGAAAAAGGGUUGAAAUUGGUCAUCGAUAAAGAUGCUGAUGAUGUGGACAUGGUGUAUACCCUGAGAGGAACGGCUAUACCUCCAGAUGAACUUUUAGAUAUGAUGAAACCAGAUGAUUUGAAGAUUCCUAUUAAGCAUCGAGAGGACUUUAAACUGGGUGGAUUGCCGGAUUCGGAACUUUUAAAGAGUAUACACUACUUUGUAAGCAGGAGAUUGACCAAGAAUGAAAAGAGUGCGAAAAAGUAUGCCAGGCGUAUGGAUGAGACCGCUUUGAUGGCAAUGGGAAUACUAGUUGAGUCUUGGGUGGACCGACUACUAGACAAGGACACGUGUAGAUUGUUCUUGGCUGACCCAGAAGAGGAAGAGGAAAGUGACGAGGAAAAUGAAAACAGCGAAGACAAUGAAAGCACCCUGUCUACUUCACUGUCAGAAGACGAGUAA